UUGUGGGAGAGGCCAGUCUCCAACGCACAACGAGUUGAGUUGGCCCCAUUGGCCCACUCGUAACAACAACGCACAAGGCUCCUAAGCGAAGCCUUGUGGUUGGCAAAUAUGGACCUGGCCCGGAUGCUGCUGGUCCCGCCGCAUUUGUAGUCGGGACAUACAUACCUGUAGCCGUCGAUGCUUUUGUAGGGAGUUAGCUUCAUUUCCUUUGGACAUCUCGGGCACAAUUGAACCGGCUGCAGAAGAGCCCGCUUUUGCAUCCACUCGAUCGCUUGUUCACGGUCCUGAAAAAUAUCAGAAAGCAUAUCAGUAUUGUAAGCCAUUUUCAAUUGCCUCUUUGCGCUUUGCAAAAUAUGCACAAGUGGCGCCAAAUAUUGUGUAUGUGUGCGGUAUAUCGAUGGGGAUACAAACCAGGGUUAAGAUAUGGGUGAACAACGGUAGCACUGCUUAAAUUUGCAAAUGUAGGAGCUGGUUUAAAAUAUAAUAUUUAUUGCGGAUACACAUUGAAAGGGAUUCAUAAUUAAUGCAGAACAUAAAUGUAUUUACUCAAAUAUACUUUCGUUAUAUUUUUAUUUAUGAGUUUUCAAAUAUUUUCGUUUCAUGAACACUGUCCGUCCCACAGUUACCUUUGCAAUUACCGUUAUUUUUAAAAAUUCACAUACGCACGCAGGCAAUCAAUGAUAUCGUAGUGUACGUGGUUAGCUCUCAUACUGAAAAGGUAAACAAACCAUUUCAGUUUGUUUACCACUAGCAAAAAGGUGUUUUGUGGGAUUUGUGCUUUAUUUUAUUACAAUAAUCGUUUGGUUUUUUUACUAUCUCUCGGUAUUUUAUUACUUGAAUCUACUAUGACAGUGUGCCCCGUGUGGAAUUGAAACGCGUCGACAGGUGUUUGACCUUCUUCCAUUUCGUUUUCCUUGCGUUAUCGGAAGAAUUAGAUUAUUACCUUCCGUGUGCCAUUAAUAUAACAUUGGUAUCGUUAAGCUUGCUGAAAAUUGAACUACUAGCAGACCAAUUCGCAGCCAGACAACGGUCAUGUUGGGCCCCUCGGAAUCCUCGCUCCAAAACCCGAUGAAGCAGCUGAUGAUUAUUGAUGGUAAUAAUGCAUUUUAAUUAUUGUGUGCGGCUAGGGCUGAUGACCGCAGCUUUACCACACAGUAUUACUUCUCAGUUUGAAUUUCUCAAUUUCUAUUUCGAGUGAUUGCAUCACCCGGUUACAUAGAAGCAGCUGGUGCUGUAUCGAAAGCAGAUACCACGAGCAGAUGCCGAUGGACGAGGUGCUGCCACCAUCGGCCAUUAAGAACCUGGGGAAAUUCAAUUUUAUUUUCGGCAAUCCGUUCGCACCUACAUUGGAUGUGAUAAUUUCAGGGCGGUCACGUUGCCUCUCAUUGUCGGAUGACAAAUCCCACGGACGUGCUUCAGCUUGGCACGAACCGGGUUUGGGAUUAUAUUGGCGACAACUUUGUGUACUAUUUGCUGCGGAACAAAUGGAACGGCAAGCUGCCCCCGACAAUCACCCGGUCAUCUUCUGUCUCGCAGAGGAAAUCACGCAAUUCAAAUUUCCACAGUCCAACAAUCAACAGUUUGGAAAAAGUAGUACAAGCACACGUAGAAAGGAGCAGCACACGUGAUUGCCGGUUCGGAGCUUCAGAGUGCGGAAUCAAUGGGACGGUAGUGAUUCCGGUGGGCUCAGUUCCGCCAGCGACGGAUUUGCCGCCAGUAUUAGCGCUAGGAGAUGGAUAGUUUAACGAACCCAAUGGAGGAAACCCAGUACCACGGUUUUAACACUUCUGCGCUCCGAAACAAUGUAAUAAAUUGGAUAAACCUUCGUACUUUAUGCGUUCAGGUACAAUUUCCUACACAUUGCGGGGUGCAUUUUGCGUUUAUCUUAAGGAUCGCACUAUAACUAUAACUUUCGUUUACUUUUCAU